AUGGCAUUUGACAAUGCUGAGUGGAAAUUCCUGCAGGUCAGGGAAAGCGAGUAUUUCUUUUCCUAUUCCCGCUUGGAGACCCACAUGGGCAUGCUGAAGGACUCAGUACGCAACCAGGCCUAUUACAAUGCCAUCCUUCAGAAUGCGGGACUUUUCAAGGACAAGAUCGUUUUGGAUGUGGGCUGUGGCACGGGCAUACUAUCUCUGUUUGCUGCCGAAGCAGGAGCCAGAAAAGUUAUAGCCGUGGAGUGCACAGAUAUAGCUGAUUUAGCAAAGGAGAUUUUAAGGGAUAAUGAAAAGGAUGAUGUGGUAAAGGUGGUCAAGGGAUUGAUAGAGGAAGUGGAGCUGCCGGAAGGGAUUCGUCAUGUCGAUGUCAUAGUUUCCGAGUGGAUGGGUCACGCUCUCUAUAUGGAAGGCAUGUUAAAUUCAGUGUUGUUUGCCAGGGAUAAAUGGCUUCGCCGUGGCGGCCAAAUCCUGCCCAGCGUCGGAAAACUCUGGAUGAUUGGAGCCCAUGAUCCGCAUAGGUUGGCCAAUCUUAACUUUUGGCGCAACUUCGAGGGUAUCGAUAUGAGUUGCGUGAGGAAGGUAUUUUCGCAGGAGCCAUUGGUGGAUUGUGUGCCCAUCCAACAGUUGGUCACCGAUGAGUGCUUAAUACAUUCCACCCACUUGGGUUUUGCCCGUAAUCAGCCAGUGGUAUUUCGCUCGAACUUCCUGCUAAAUGUAAAGCGAACUGGAAUCAUCAAUAUGUUGGUCCUAUACUUCGAUGUGGAUUUUCCAGCGGAAAAAUCGGAGAAAGCGAUCACUCUUUCAACAUCACCCCAUAGUCCGUGGACCCAUUGGGAGCAGACGCUGCUCCAUCUGGAUGAACCACUGUAUGUAAAGGCCAAUGAUCAGGUGCGCGGAAUUCUGGCCAUGAUGCCAUAUGAGCAGGACAAGCGCUGUAUGAACUUUGACCUCAAAAUUAGCUUCCGUGGCGAUCGGACGCGGGUGGAGAGCUUCAAGGGAUUCAGCUCGAAUCGAUAUUCGUCUUGA